UGUACAUACAAUACACAUACACCCUCUCUCUCUCUCUGUCUUUCUAUUUCAGCCAGUCCAUUUUUUCUAGAGAGAGAAAUAGAGAGAGUAGUUUUCUAGAUACAUAGAUAUAUAGAUAUAGAGAGAGAGAGAGUUGAGUUUGUAAGUACAGAGAGAGAGAUAGGUAGCCUAGUGUUGUUUGUUCUAGUAGUUGUUCAAGUUUAGCUAGUAGGGUUAUGUUCAAGCACCAAAAACAGAGGAAAAAGAAGAAGAAAAUAGCAUAUUUAUAUACUUGUACAUGCUGUGCUUGAGUAUGUUUAUCUCCUUGAUCAUUUCAUCAUCAUCAGCUGCAGUCACUCAUUUAGUUCAGAUUUUAUAACAUGGAAGAGAAAAAAGAUAGCUAGCUGAGACAUGGCAAGAAAAGCUGUUUGGUGGGUGUGAUUUUGUCCAAAGUUUAGUUUACUCUUUCACUUCAACCUGUGGUUAGGCAAAAAGGGUAAUUGGUUAGGUGAAUUUUCAAGAACAAGGGUUAAAGUUUGAAUCUUUUUACUAAUUAUAUUACUAAUUACAAGUUAAUUGCUAUGGAUUCCUAUGAGGCAACAAGGGUUGUAUAUUCAAGAAUCCAGAACUUGGAUCCUGAUAAUGCUUCUAAAAUUAUGGGUCUUCUCUUAAUUCAAGAUCAUGGUGAGAAAGAAAUGAUAAGACUAGCUUUUGGCCCUGAGUCUUUAGUUCACUCCAUUGUUGUUAAGGCUAGAAAAGAUCUUGGUUUGUCUUCAUCAAACACUCCUACUACACCUUCAACACCUUCUUCUCCCAUGCCUUUUUCGAGGCAUAAUUCCUCUAACUCUUCGGCGUCUUCUAGGCUUUUGAAUGGUAUCAGUCUUCCAUCUCCAUUGAGUAUACCAAAUCCUUCUUCUUCGAACUCCUCUUGGGCAGCUGCUUCGAACUUUUCUGAAGAUUUGGCUAGUCCAAACACAUGCCUUGGUCCUUAUAAUGUUGGAGGGGUUAGUAAUUUGGGAAUUAGGUCUUCAUCGUCUUCGACUAUGAAUUCAUCAGCUCCUCCAUUUUACGGAAAUGGGAAGAGAGACUCUGAUUUGAUUGAUGAAUUUGAACUUCAAGAUCAGCUUUCUUUCCUCAAUGAUGGCUAUUACCCUGAUUCCGCGUUGAGUCCUAAUGGAAGUGGUAGUGAUGGUGGAGCACUGUUUAAUUCGUACGCUGGUGGUGGUGCUGCCAGGAGCUGGAACGGAGGUGCUGACACAAUUAAUGGCCUCGCACACCGGAGGAGUUGCUCAGUUAGUGAUGUUUUCUUAGGCUCUGAUGACCCAGCUGGAGGAUUUGGAUGGAAACCAUGUUUAUACUAUGCAAGGGGCUACUGCAAAAAUGGGACAAGCUGCAGGUUCCUCCAUGAGGGGGCAUCGGAUUCGGAUCCUCUGGUUGGUUCUCCUAGUAAGCUUGAGCUGAUGGAGCAGUGUCAUGAGCUUCUAAGAUCUAAAUCAGCACAACAACAGAGACUUGCUGCAGCUUCUCAGCUCAUGGGGGGUUCUAACUUCCCUUACUCGCCUAAAUGCAUGAAUUUACUCCUCCAGCAACAGAAUGAUAGCCCAAGGGCGGCAGCAGCAGCAGCCUUAAUGAUGGGCGAGGAGAUGAACAAGUUUGCAAGAUCACCUAGGCAGGAAAGAAGUGAAUUUGCGAUGAAUGGAAUGGUGAAUCCAGUGUCAAGGCAGAUUUACUUGACUUUCCCGGCAGAUAGUACUUUUAGAGAGGAAGAUGUGUCCAAUUACUUCAGUAUAUUUGGGCCUGUGCAAGACGUGAGGAUUCCAUACCAGCAAAAGCGCAUGUUUGGCUUUGUCACUUUUGUUUAUCCAGAUACCGUGAAGCUUAUUCUUGCUAAAGGGAAUCCUCAUUUUGUGUGUGAUGCUCGGGUUCUUGUUAAACCUUACAAGGAGAAGGGUAAAGUCCCGGACAAAUUCAGGAAGCAGCAACACAUGGACAGGUUAGAAUUUUGCGGGAGCCCUACUGGUUUAGAUUUGAGAGAUCCUUUUGAUCUUCAUGUUGAGGCAAGGAUGCUACAGAAUACUCAAGACAUACUUUGGAGGAGAAAGUUGGAAGAGCAAGCUGAGUUGCAUCAAGCCAUUGAACUGCAAAACCAGAGGUUGCUAAAUCUCCAACUUCUUGAUGUGAAGAGGAGUAACCAUCACCGUGCCUUCUCUACUGGAGCAGUUAUUUCAUCUCCAAUGCACUCUCCUAAUAUCCAUAAUCGGGGUGUCAUGCUUUCUUCUUUAGACCGAAGGACUCCUGAAUUUCUAGAAGAAAAUGGACCAGCACUCACCUUGCCAAAUAAUGCACCUCCAGCUGUUAACCUCCAGCAGACAGCAAAUGUAAAUGAGAAAGAGAAAUGUUUAUCAAGUACCAGUGACCAAAACAGCAACGACAGAAGCCCCCGUGAUGACAAAGAUGACAAAGAAAACGAUUUACUAGAGAGUUUGGAGCACAAUCUCCCGGACAAUUUGUUCUCAUCUCCCAAAGCGGCGCGUGAAUACAUGUCUGCCUUUUCUGCAGAUACAACCACUCUUGAAGAGAAUGGGAAUGAGGCAGUUGUUUCAGCCCCAGUUCCCACCAACAACUUGAUGGCUUCGUCGUUACUUCCUGCUACGUCAACCCUUGACAUGGCUUCACUCAAAUCAUGCUAUUUUCAAGUCCCCAGGUUCUCUUCGAAUCAUGGAGCCAUCGAAAUGUAGGCGCCUUCAGCUAUACCACUAUAAGCUUCCUUAGCGUAGGCAAAAGACUCACAAGUAUAAAGAAACUUAUAACACCCCAGAGAUCAGAUCUAUAGAGAUAUUUUCACAGCUACAGGCAAUCAGAAGCAACAUCAUCAAUUAUCAUAUAUACUACUACACUACUUACUACCAUACAAAAUCUAUUCAUAAAAGGCAGAAGAAGUAAAGGAAAUGGGCCAGGCCACAUUUUAUUGUACUCUAGUGUAGAGGAGAGUAGUUUUAGUCAAAAAAAUUCUCCUUUAUUUCUGUAGAAGUUAAAAGAGCUGGACUAUAGGUUAUUAUAUAAAGAAGAAUAUAUGAUGAAGUCAGGAAAAUCAGGCAGUUGUAUGUACUAGGGUAAAAAAAGGUAACUUUCUGAGACUGUAAUUUUCAAAAACUUUCCCUUUUCUCUCAUAGUUGGAUCUUGUUUGUUGAGUUUGUAUCUUUGCAUGGGUAGAAAAUAGUCAGCCAUUAAUGUACAUCAGCUGCAGUGCAACUACUAACUACAAUGCUGAUUUGGGACUCAGAAGGGAAAGUUAAGAUUAUGGUUCAAGUUUUCAGGGGAAGAAAGGUGAAAACAGGUAUAUAAAGAAGUCAGUGCCGUGCAGUAGUUUUUGUUUAGUUUUACCAGAAGAAAAAAUAGGCAUUUUUCUACCAUAUGUAGUAGUAAAGUGAAGGCCUGUUUGUUGUAAUUGUAUACCCUAGGAAAUUUAAUGGUAAAGGCAAGUUUAUAAGUAAA